CUGCAGCGUGGUCUUGAUCUGACGGCCUGAGAUCGAUUGCUCCUGUCUUCGCCUGUGUGUGUGUGCGGAGCGCUGCUGGUUGAUGAAGUUGUGAACAUCUUCUGAUCAGAGCUGCGACUCUUUCUCCACCUUCUCAGGGGCGUCACGCUCUCGCAGCUGCUCUGAGAGGUGAGCUGUCGCAGAGAAGACUUCAGCUGGACUUCUUUUGUUCCAUCUGUCUGAGUCUCCUCGAGGACACGGCGUCUGUUCCCGUAGUAUUAAAGCAGUAUUAUUAAAACAGUAUUAAAACCCUCUGUGGACGAACAUAAAGGCCACGACACAAUGUCAGCUGCAGCGGAGAGGACUGAGAGGCAGAGAGAGCUGGAGGGGAGUCGACACAACAUCCAGCAGAGAAUCCAGGACAGAGAGGAAGAUGUGAAGCGGCUUCAACAGGAGGUGGAGGCCAUCUCACUGACUGAAACUCAACUGGGUGUUUUACUGCCACAUCCAGAGCCCGGGACCCGAGCAGACUUCUUAAAAUAUUCGCAUGAAGUCACGUUGGAUCCAAACACAGUAAACACACAGCUGUUAUUGUCUGAGGGGAACAGAAAAGCAACUUUAAUGAGAGACGAACAGUUUUAUUCUGAUCACCCAGACAGAUUCAUUCGAUGGCGGCAGGUCCUGAGUAGAGAGAGUCUGACUGGACAUUGUUACUGGGAGGUGGAGUGGAGCAGGAAAAGAGUUAUAAUGGCAGUAACAUACAAGAGUAUCAGCAGAGCAGGCUCCAUGAACGAGUGCGCACUUGGAUUUAACGACAAGUCUUGGGCGUUGGAGUGUAACUGCAGUAAUAGUUAUAAAUUCAGACACAACGGCAUCAAAACUCCCGUCUCAGGUCCUCUGUCCUUCAGACUUGGAGUGUACCUGGACCACAGUGCAGGUAUUCUGUCCUUCUACAGCAUCUCUGACACCAUGACUCUCCUCCACAGAGUCCAGACCACAUUCACUCAGCCGCUCUAUGCUGGACUCUGGUUUAGUGGUUAUAAUGGAGCCACUGCUGAGUUCUGUGAGCUGAAGUAGAUGAGCGAUUGUAAGCUGUUCUUUAUUCUCUGUAUCAGUCAUAACUAACAUGUUAACUCUGUAGAUGUGAUAUUUCUUAUAUAUCCACCAUUGUAGGGUCUAAUCAUGACCAGAUGUGGGCGAGUUACUCAGAUCCUUAACUGAAGAAAAGUCAUCAUAAAGACAAGACAACAAAUGUUUUGCAUGCAAAUUCCUGUUUCAAGCAAAGUACAGAGGUGUUAUCAGUAAAAUAUACUGAAUAAAAGUUCCAUGUCUCCUGCGA